UUAAGUACAACGGUACUGGAAACAAAACAACCGCUUUCUCAGCCACCACAACCUCCUCAAAAUGUCCAUCUGUGACUACGACAACCCAAAACUUAUGACAGAUGACUGUCUCAAACCUCUUAGAUUUAUAUCCUCCGACAUCCUCCAACUCAAACCCAUAAAACUCAUAGCUUGGUACUCCUUCGUGGUUCACUUCGUCACAGACCUGAUGCUACUACUCUUCAUCGCCUACCUCUACCACGACCCUAAACAAAACGUCCUCUACAUCGCCGUCCUCAUCGGAGACUACUACCCCACUUUUGCCACUGCUUUGGUGCUACAAGACAGCGAAAAAGUAGCCCAUUUGAAAGACGAGCUCCCAUUAUGGGCAAUCGACACCGCUGGACCAAAACACUACUCAAGAAUCAAACUCGAGACGCAAAUUUUGUCAGUCUACUCCAUCGUGACGUUCUUGAUUUGCCUCACUGGGUGUGGUCUCUACAUGCAGAAUCUUUCUCACGAUCAAGAGUGGUUCUUCGUUCUAAAAAUGAUUCAUGAUUUUUUGCCUGAUUAUUACGCGAUUCUUUCGAGUUUUUUUAGAUUGUCUAUUCCGUUUUUUGGAUAUGGGAUGAUUUUGCAUGCUAUGGAGACCAUCUACUACACUCAGCAUCUUAGGUAUCAGAUUAUCAUGUUGAAUGAGUACAUAGCGGGGAUAGGCAACUGCAGACAAGGGAAAAAGGAAGACGAUUUGUUUUAUGAUGGAGAGUAUCAAGAAGAAGUGGAUAGAAGAUUGAGGUUUUGUAUAAAGAGAUGGGACGAAUAUUUAGGGGCGUACAAUAAUAAGCUGAAAGAGAUUAAGUUUAUGAUGGUAGGGUUUGCCGUGUGUGGGUACUUUUUGGGAAUUAGUAUUGCCAUAAUUGCGUUAUCUGGGGUAGUUACCCCGGAUUAUUUCCCGCGUCACCUAGCGACUGGCUUAGGGGCAUUGUUAACCUUUGUAGGAGUCAUAAUGGCAGGGCAGGCUCUGGAAACAGAAAUGGAAGACAUGGUCUUGGUGAUAAAUGGAGUGAAAUGGUAUAAUUUUAAUAAAAAGAACAAAACGUUGUACUUCACCCUGUUGAUGAACUUAAUGACCGAAAGGAGGCUCCAGUUGUCUGAAAAUUAUUCCAUAAAUUUGGAGCUGGGGGUUGCUAUUGUGAAAGGGAUUUACUCGAUUGUGACUGUUUACACAAAUAUGGACAUGCGCAAGAAUUUUUAGAGCUUGAAGUGUUUGGUUUGACAAU